AUGCAAUUGCAUUUUGUCAGUCGUAAGCAAUAUCGACGUAAGCAUGAGGCUGAUUAUUUAUUGGAAUUGGGACAAAAAUUUCCUGGGCAUUUUGUCAUUCCUGAAGGUGGAACCAAUGCAUUGGCCAUUCAAGGUUGUCAGGAAAUUCUAAAAGAAGAUGAUACUCAAUUUGAUGUCAUUUGCUGUGCGGCAGGAACUGGCGGAACGAUUACAGGUUUGAUUGAGGCCAGUCAAACCCAUCAGCAGGUUUUGGGAUUUUCAGCACUCAAAGGUUCAUUCUUAAAAGAUGAAGUCGCCCGACUCACCAGCAAAACCAACUGGAAUAUUCUCGAUGACUACUGUUGUGGGGGGUAUGCCAAAACCUCACCGGAACUGAUGCAGUUUAUUCAGGACUUUGAAUCCCGGUUUUCAAUUCCACUGGAGCAGGUCUAUACCGCCAAAAUGCUAAUGGGGAUUUUAGAUUUGAUCGAGAAAAAUUAUUUUCCGAUUGGAUCAAGACUGCUGGUGAUUCAUAGCGGUGGUCUGCAAGGCCGUAAUGUUCCCUUUGCUCCGAGUCAGGCCUGA